AGGAGACAAAAAGGACACCCCAACCUCUCCCCUAUGCAUUAUUUCGGCCUCGCUACCAAAGGAGGAGGAAGAAAAAGCUCUCCAACCUUUCUCCAUUGGUGCAACUCGAGCUCAAGCAAGAGUGGUCCAAGGAGGGGAAUUAAAGAAGGGAAAAAGUGAGGAAAAGAGUGUAAAAUUAAGGUUGAAGCUAGGGCUUGCUACUUGCACCUUCUCGAGGGUGGUAUCAAAUCAGGAAGACGUGGUUCGUGCUUCCUUAUUUUCUUUCAAACUACCGCACACUUGCUCAUGGAUGUUUAUUUUACUAUAAACUAUUUUUGGGGCUUGCACGCCCAUGUUAUUGGCCGGUUGUGGCUCAUGACUUACCGUUGAAUAUUUCCGCUAUUCAUUGGUCUAAAUGUGAUGUUGUUAUGUAUGUUUACUACUGAGUAUGGAUGGAUUGUUUUCUCGAACGCCUUGUGUAAUUAAGUGAGGUUGACUCGUGGGUGACGUCACUUAGUUAUACGGCGGUUGUACACGCGCUUGGAUUGCGGUCUGGGGCGUGACAUAAUUACCCUAGGUAUUAUUAAAAUUCAAUGACAAGGAUGUAUAAUAGAAAAACGUUUAUUUAAAAGAACAUAAAAGGAGAUGGUCUAAGCCAAAAGUGGUAGAUAUGACAAUUAUGU